AUGUCUUCAUCAUACUGCGCAAACUACUACGGCUCAAUCAACUGCCACAACACCGUCACACGCUUCGGCGACAGGUGCAAGCUGUGCCUGGCCCUCAAGAGCGGAGCCUCACUGAGCCAGGGGCUGCUGCCGGAAGACGAGACAUAUCGCAUGCCCACCAUGGCCGACUACCCGCGAAGACACCACUAUCGCAGCGGCCCGGAACACGCGAACAGGACGGUCACGGUGGACUCGAGGGCAAAGUAA